UGCUGGAGUGAAGAACAGGGCAUUACUCAUCUGCACCUAACUAGCUGGCACCAUGGGAAACUGUGCACAAGGUGUAAAGGACUACUUCUGCCGGCAAAAAAAUACCAACGUGCGGGUUAGUCUGCCGGCUGUCUGCUUCAUCUGGCAAAUCGCCAUGAUUGUACUGUUUGGAGUCUUCAUCCGCUAUGAUGAGGAGUCGGAUGCCCACUGGGUGGAGCACAAGCGGUCCCAUAACAUCACCAGCGAUAUUGAAAAUGACUUCUACUUCAGAUAUCCCAGCUUCCAGGAUGUGCAUGUCAUGAUCUUUGUUGGAUUUGGCUUUCUCAUGACCUUCCUGAAACGCUACAGUUUCGGUGGUGUCGGCUUCAACUUCCUGAUUGCAUCCUUCGGUCUGCAGUGGGCUCUGCUCAUGCAGGGCUGGUUCCACUCCCUCGAUCACUCCACUGGAAAGAUCUACAUCGGCGUGGAGAGUUUGAUCAACGCAGACUUCUGUGUGGCUGGCUGUCUGAUAGCCUACGGCGCCCUCCUGGGAAAAGUCAGUCCGGUCCAGAUGAUGGUGGUUACCCUAUUCGGUAUCACACUCUUUGCCGUGGAGGAGUACAUCAUCCUCAGCCUUCUUCAUGCUCGGGAUGCCGGUGGUUCAAUGGUUAUCCAUGCCUUUGGAGGCUAUUAUGGUUUGGCCAUCUCCUGGAUCCUCUACCGUCCAAACCUACAUCAAAGCAAGCGCCUCAAUGGAUCUGUCUACCAUUCAGACGUAUUUGCCAUGAUUGGUACACUGUUCCUAUGGAUGUUCUGGCCCAGUUUCAACUCAGCCAUCACAGACCAUGGGGAUGGACAGCACAGAGCAGCCAUCAACACCUACCUGGCCCUGGCUUCCUCUGUCCUCACCACUGUGGCAAUCUCCAGCAUGUCUCAGAAGAGAGGCAAACUGGACAUGGUACACAUCCAGAACUCGACCCUGGCUGGUGGUGUUGCAAUGGGAACAGCAGCUGAGUUCAUGAUCACUCCAUAUGGUUCACUCAUCGUGGGCUUCUGCUGUGGCAUCAUCUCCACCUUUGGCUACCUCUUCAUCACUCCAUUCUUGGAGAAGUAUCUAAAAAUCCAGGAUACAUGUGGAGUCCACAACCUGCAUGCCCUGCCUGGGAUGCUCGGUGGUUUUAUUGGAGCCAUUACUGCUGCAGCUGCCACUGAGUCUGUCUAUUCAGCAGAAGGACUGAAGAACACGUUUGACUUCAAAGGUUCCUUCGCGAGCAGAACUGUUGGGAUGCAGGGAGGAUUCCAGGCUGCGGGCACAUGUGUGGCCAUCGCAUUUGGUCUUGUUGGAGGAGCUCUUGUUGGUUUGAUCUUGAGGCUCCCUAUCUGGGGCGAUCCCGCCGAUGACAACUGCUACGAUGAUGAAGUCUAUUGGGAGGUUCCCGAGGAUGAGGAGAUCAUCCCCCCCGUACUGGAGUACAAUAACCACAUGAUUCACAAGCAUCAAGACAUAUCUGAGUCCAACUUCUCUGUGGAACAAAGCUAGAGCCACACAGCCUGUUCCCCUGAACUGGAUGCAGCCAUGACACAGCUCUUAUUUAUGAAGAAAUGUCCCGCUGAAAAGCAACUUCCAGGAGUAAAAGGCCUUUUUUUUUUUUUUACUCACAGGUCCUCUGAUGACAUCAUUGGUCUUUUCAUCAGUCAUUUGAUAUACCUCAUAACAUUGCGAUCGUUCAAGUUUUGAAACCUUGUGGUCACUAUGGGUCAGCACAAAACAGCUAACCAUUAUCCCAGGGAUACAAACCCCCCCCCCCCCAAAAACACUGAACAAUGAUGUGAGUCAUUAUUUAUAAUAUGUGGUAUUGUUUUUGAAGGAAUUUUAGAUUCUCUUUAUAGAUUUUGUUUGAUUGUGGCAGCAAAUCAAUGGAAUUUGAAUAUGGAUAGAGAUUGGCAUUAGACCAGGCUUUGAGUCCAAGUGUCGUACUGAGAAGCAGCCACCUCAAACAUUAGCACUUUGUCAAUUCAAUGUCAGCUAUGACUAUAAAACAAGAAAAUGAGGAGCUAUUGCAACAUGUCUUGCAAAAUUAACUACCACCUGAUUAUUUAAAAGACUAUAUCAUAUUUUGUGACUUCACACAGCUUUGACUUUAUCCGAGAUGAGACAACAUUUUGAUGGUGUGACCAUAAUUUCUUUUGUCCAAGAUUGAAUAUGGUGUUUCCAUAUUCAGCUAGUCUGUUUUCAGUGAUUUAAUGUAAUCUAUUAUCGUGUAGUUUUUGCAUAGAUAAAUCUUGUUCCGAAUGAAAUGCAUUUUGGUUUUUGCUCUACAUCUAAAGAGCCUUGGUGAGAACAAACACAUGCUCUAUACUUUUUUUGAUCAUCGUAUGAGUGUCUUUAAAUAUCAUGUUUUCUAAGUGAAUAUUUCAUAAUGUGUUUCAGACAAGCUAUUGCAGUAUUUAAGCAAUGAGUCAUUGGUAAAUAGUAUGUCUUAUUAGUAUAAGUAGUGUAAGAGCUAUGUCUUAGAAAUUAUGUAUAGACCUUUGUACACUGCUUGUAUAUAUAUAUAUAUAUAAAAAUAUACGUCUUCCUUUGAUUGCACACCACCUAUUCUGCAGGUAAGAUAAAGAAACAGUAAAAGUUUCAUAAAGUAA